GUCAAUUGCAAUGGACCGGACAUGCUAACGUAGACAGCUCUCGGGGCCUCAAGCACAUGGUUCAGUCGGAAAGCCGGACUGGCCAUCGGCAUCGUCGCCAGCGGGUCCAGUCUCGGCGGAGUCAUCUUCCCAAUUAUGAUAGACAAGCUCCUGCCAGAGAUCGGCUUUCCGUGGACCAUGCGCACCUCCGCCUUCAUCAUCCUUGGCCUCCUGGCUGUUGCCAACGUCACUGUCCGCACCCGUCUGCCUCCUAAUCCUAAGGCAGGUAGCCCGAAGGACCUGGUGAUGCCCUUCACGGAACCCCUGUUCUGUCUGACUGCCAUGGGGGCCUUCGUCUUUUCGUUCGGUCUCUUCCCGCCCAUCAACUACGUGAUUUCGGAAGCGAUCUACCGGGGCAUGAACUACGAUCUAGCGCUGUACAUGCUGCCCAUCCUCAAUGCCGCAAGUCUGUUUGGCCGGAUCAUCCCAGGUGCGGUAGGCGACAAAGCGGGUCGCUACAACUGCAUGGUUAUCAUGACUGGGCUGACAGCGAUUGUCGUCCUGGCCAUCUGGAUUCCCGUCACCACCAACGCCGGCAUUGUCGUCUUCGCUGCGGCCUUUGGGCUCACAUCCGGCGCCUUCAUCUCGCUGGCACCGGCGCUGAUCACGCAGAUUUCCGAUCAAUCCAAGGUCGGAGUGCGGAUCGGCGCCAUGUACGCGGUGACAUCUGUCGCGAAUCUCACUAGUAACCCUAUUGGGGGUGGACUGAUCUCCGCAUGGAAUGGGAGGUACACUGGGCUGAUGGUGUUUUGUGGUGUGAUGGAAGCGGCUGGGAUGUUGUUCUUCCUUGCCGCACGGCUUUACCAAACGGGGUUCCGCGUAGCGGUGGUAGUGUAAUGUUAGGGCGGGAAAGAUCCAUGCCAUUUAGUUAGGGAAACGGACCGAGUUCUAUUAAUAUGAUAUUCAUUUAUU